AUGCCAGAGCCCUCCAGAUUUACAUUUGACGGAUCAGUAGACCUUGAGACAUAUCAACAUGAUUGGCAAGCCAAGUUGAAACAACUUCAGAACGAUUUGGAGAUUCUCAAACUGUUUGAUGGCGUCCCCAGUGCGGAUGAUUGGGGAGUACAUUUUGACAAACUGAACAUGGGGGCAAUUGAGGGCAGAAAUACGGCUUCUGUUUUCAAGAAAGUCCACCCUAACAAGGCCUUCCGUGAUGAUGCCAUGGUUGCUCAGAGUGGGUUUGAGAACCUCACCUCAGCUAUUGAAAAGGAUCCCAUUCUUGCUUCACUUGUUCAGCGGAUGGUGUUUGUUGACCCUGGUGUCAACUCGCAUGAGCAACGCUUUACGCAAAGGUGGCAGACCACCUAUAAGGAAUCUGGAGCUACCAUGUCUCAGGACAAGCGAUCUCAACUUCUGAGUCUAGACUCAGACCUUGCGGAUCUCCGCUCCCAAUUUGCUCGCAACAUUGAUGAUGGACAAACAAAUUGGCUAGUCCCAGCUGAUGAUUUAGCUGGCAUGCCAGAAGACUUUAUGAAGUCACAUCCAGCCAAUGAGGACAACCAAAUCACCUUGACAACACGGAAGAUUGAUGUGUGUCCAGUGUUGGCGUACUGCAAGAACGAUGAAGUACGACGCAGGACACAACAUGAGUACCGUUCAAGAUGUCCAGGCCGUCUUGCCUUGAGAGGUCUCAGCAAUGUCACUGAUUUCAUUGACAACGUUGUUGCAAUGGUCAAACCCCAAGCCCACCAAGAAAAGCAAGCAAUGUCCCAGGUUUUUGGCACCAAAGACCUCAAAGUCUGGCAAGCAGAUUUUGCCAAAGAGGUCCUCCUACAGAAAAUGUUUUCUGGCUUUGACAGCAGUCAUAUCAGGCCAUACUUGUGGGUUGGAAACGUCCUCCCGCAAAUCACCUUGCUGAUCCAAGAACUCUUUGGGGUACAAUUUAAACACCAACCAGAAGUGAAGUCCUGGGUAGAUACAGGUCUUCAUCCACGGGACAACAAAUACAGUCAUGCAUGUGUCUGUAUCAUGAAGAAAGCUUAUGGGAAAAGUAACUUGCCAGAAGUCAUCCUGCUGGCAAAUAUACCAGAAGGAGAUGAUACUCUGAUGACAUAUGCUGAAGUCUCAACACUUUAUCAUGAGUUGAGAUAUUGUUUCCAAAGAUAUGGCCAUGUUGUCCACUCCCUGUCGGCUACACAAAGCUUGUAUGGGAAUCUCAAUGACACCACAGUGGAAAGAGACUUUGUGGAAGCCCCUCCAGAGGUUCUCAGACGUCUGGCCAUCAACAAGAAUGGAGAAGUCAUUCCAGAUGAAAUGAUCAGGAAGCUUCAAGAGUCACAAGAAAUUGGAAGUAGCAUGGAUACUAUAACACAAAUGACUUAUGCUCGAGCCAAGGAAAUGCUUGAUGGAAAGUAUCCAGGAUCACUUCUAGAUGACUGGAAGGAUCUGGUGAAUGAGCACAGUAUCUUUAGCUACAACGAAGGUGAUUGCUUCCCUGCAACAUUUAGCCACCUUGGCAUGACAGGAUAUGGGCCCAAAUAUUAUGGUUAUAUGUAUGCCCAAGCCAUCUGUGAUGAACUCUUUGAAACCUUCAAAGCUUGUCCUGGAGGCCUGUUGGAUAAGGAGAUGAGUCGUCGCUACAGGCGGACCAUUCUUGAGCCUGGCAGCACCAAAGAUGCCAUGGAGAUGGUUGCUGAAUUCCUUGGGCGGCCUUUCACUCUUGAUGCCUUCAAAGCUUGGAUCUCAAGAAACCUCGAUCUUGGUGCAAUCUGA